AUGCUGCCUUCAGACAGACGAUACCUCAUGCUAUUCUGCUAUUUCCUGUUCGGAGUCGCAGCCAGUUCGUCAACGGUACUUCGAGCAUACAUAGUUGCUGUUAGUACUACAGAGGAUCGAGCCAAAGCCUAUUCAGCUAUCGCUGUUGCCAAUAUGAUAUCGAUCGUCAUUGGACCUCUUUGUCAACUGGCUUUUUCAAAUAUGCCAUAUCCGGGACACGAGAUCAUCGAAGGUGUAUUGAAAUUCCAUAUCUACUCGGCUCCAAUUUGGAUCGCAUCGGCUACAAACUUCAUUUCGGUGGCAAUCAUUUGGUUUGGACUACGUGACGUCUACACAGCUACAAAACGAGAUAGUGAUGGUGCAAUGUUCACCCUGGAAGGGAUCAAGGCACGCAUUAAUGUGGUCCUUUCGUUGAACCUAGCUUGGGCACUGAUUGUUGUGUGCUGGAUCGAGAGGAUAGUCUCCAACAUAUCCACUGUCACCUUGAGCUCGAUGGCAUUGCAACAUUUCAGGAUUAUGUCACCUCUAGUGAUGAUCUCAUUCGGCUGGGAUGGCCAGUUGACAGUCAAAAUGCUGGCUUUAUGCAUGGGUCUCGUUGGAAUACUUGCUCUCGAAACUUCCGGAGCUGGUUGCAAUCCGAAAGAAUACACUUGGUGUGAAACCGCUUACGCUACUUGGCCAAUCGUCUUUCUACCCAUCAUAUGUGCUGUGAUGGGUGUUGGAGUCCCUUUGGCUGGAAUCUCACUCGACACAGUCUAUUCGAAUAUUCUUGGCAACAUCGAUCAGAGUAUGAUGCAGGGUGCGAUGAUCGUUUCCGAGGAUAUCGUGUACAUCCUAGGACCGGUUUAUGCAGCAUCGCUGUUCAGCCAUGCAGGACAGUCGACAUUGUGGUUGUUAAAUGGCAUCAUCGUUACUGGAGGAAUACUAUUGUGGUUGGCAUACUUCUCAAAAUUGAAGCGAUACAUGUAG